GGCCUAAUUUCAUGACACCUUAAAAAAAAUCUCAUUUUAACAGCCACACCCCUUUUUCAAUGUGUAGUCACAGGGCUGGUGACUUUAACCCCUCCCAUUUCACAAUCAAAUAAAAGGCUGCCUGCAUCUUCGGCGGGCAUCUUUUGCUUAAUCAGCUGCUUUCGGAACCACCUAGUUAGAUUGGACAUAGAAAAUUCAAGAUGAUUCCUGCAGUUACGCUCUACAAUGGAGCCAAAAUGCCCAUAGUUGGUCUGGGAACAUGGAGGGCCGAACCAGGGAAGGUCACCGAGGCUGUGAAGUUGGCUAUAAGCAGCGGCUACAGGCACAUAGAUGGUGCCUUCGUCUAUGAGAACGAAGGAGAAGUUGGGGAAGGAGUGCGCGCCAUGCUUGAACAAGGAGUGACAAAAAGAGAGGAUUUAUUCAUCGUCAGUAAGCUAUGGUGCACCUUCCAUGUUCCAUCGCUGGUAAGGGGAGCAUGUGAGAAAACUCUCAAAGACUUGAAACUGGACUAUGUGGACCUUUACCUUUUACACUUCCCAGUAGGGAUGCAGCCAGGGGAAAAGAUUUUUCCAUCAGACGAGAACAACGAAAUCAUUUGUGAUGACAGCUACUUCCUGGACACAUGGGGGGCAAUGGAGAAGCUGGUGGAUGACGGUUUGGUCAAAGCCAUAGGUGUCUCAAACUUCAACAAAGACCAGAUUGAAGCCAUUCUCAACAAGCCUGGCCUCAAAUACAAACCAGCCAACAAUCAGAUUGAGUGCCACCCAUAUCUAACCCAAGAGAAAAUGAUCAACUAUUGCCACUCAAAGGGCAUCACGGUUACAGCUUUCAGCCCCCUGGGAUCCCCAGACAGACCCUGGGCUUCCUCUGAUGACCCCCGUCUUCUGGAGGAUACUACCAUCUUGGCCAUUGCUAAAAAGUACAACAAAUCUCCAGCACAGGUUCUCAUGCGUUUCCACACACAGAGGAAUGUGGCAGUCAUCGCCAAGUCUGCAACACCAAGUCGGAUUAAGGAGAACUUCCAGUUGUUUGACUUUGAGUUAAGCCAAGACGACGUGAAAACGAUCCUGGGCUUGAACAGGAACUACAGAGGAUUCCCAGCAAAGUGGGCCGUAAAGCAUAAAGACUACCCCUUCAAUGCAGAAUACUAGCCAAAUGCAGCGCUGUUUCUGUUUGAUUCUUCUUUGUGGAAAAAAAGGAUGAACAUACUGUUCAAUUAAACUACUACCCAAUUAUCGUCUAUGGAACUUGCAGAAAAUGUCACCAAAAUAAUUGUUCAUGAAUGGUUAGACAGACAUUAAAAAGGAAAAU